GAAGGCACAACCCGUGGUUCCUGUAAGCUGUAGCGUCUUCCUCUUGGUCGUCCGAAGAGCGGCGGUGAGCGUCGAGGGGCCCCCGCCGGCGCCUGCAGCACGCCCUGUCGCUUCAUCCUGCAAGCGACGCACGCCAUCGACACCUCCCCUACGGCGAUCGGAGCCGCGAUCCAACACCCUCACCGGAAUCGCGGCGGAUUCCGGCGCCGGUGGCCCCGCUCUGGAUCUGCAUUCCGCGCAGGGGCUUCUCCUGAUCCUGACCGCCUCGCACCCUCGUCUCUCCAAUCUAGCCAUGGAGAGGGUUUCAUCAGCUCCAGAAAUGGAUGAUGUUAUCUCAACUGAUCAGUCAAGCAGAUCAACAAAAAGAAGGGCUAAAGUUUGGGAUUAUGUUGAUUCAGAGCUAGUAGAUGGGAAAGAGAAGGCGAUCUGCAAAUACUCUGGUAGAAUUCUUGGAAAAAAUAGGACAUCACUAUCUCCUGAAACACUUGAAGCUUUAGUCUGUGCCAAAGACUGGUUGAUUGGAUUCAAUGAUGAAGAAGAAGGUGAACCAAUGACAGGAAAGCGAAUGUUUGAUUCAGAUGAUGAAGAAGAUGAUUGGGAAAUUUGAUGUAGGUUUACUCAGAGCAUCUCUCUCUGCGUACUUAUCAGUAGCGAGCUCCGUCCGAAAGUCCAAAUCUUCAGCUCUCUCCUUGACGCAUGCCCGGAUCGAUCGGUCCAGCUCUACCCACCGGAGGAGGAGGCAGAUCGUCAACGGGCAGCUGACUAAGGUGGAUCCACGGAGGAGGCUCUAAAUUGGACAGUUCUGUGUAUACCUAUAAAUUUGACAGUUCAUUGUGAAAACCGUCUCUAAAUUGAUGUUUGCUGUCAGUUCCGGGACUGAUAUUAUGCUUAUGAUGUGUAUUUUGAGACAGAUGGAUGUAAAUAGUUUUUUGGUAGACUUGCGUUCUGCAAUGUGUGGCCAUGUAUGUGUGAGCCCAUGGAUUAUACUAAUUCAAUAAGCUAGUGGUGGUGCUUGCAUGUUUGUGGGGGCCCUUGGAUUGCUAAUGUAAUAUUGCCAUGGAUUUUGAAAGGAUCGGGGCAGGGUUGGGUGGCAAAGACUUU